AUGGCGACAUCUCACAGUGUGAUUCCCUUGUGUUGCCAGGCUGGACGUGCUGUCAGCUUUCUGGCUGCUAGACAGAGACAUGCUGUUCUCUGGCAGGCAAUGAGACAAUUCGCCGCGUCGACUGGAAACAAUGUGCAAUUCCGCCUGGACGAGAGGACCGCUCACAGCAGUCUAGACCUCUUCAAGAAAGACACGGGCGUCAUUUACCGCAUGUUGGGUCUGGACCCCAGCCACGUGCAAGCCAACCCCGAGCGUUUCCGAGACUGGGCGGUGGUGUUCGGCGACGAGCAGAUCUCCGGUGGACGCCAUUACUGGGAGGUGACGGUCAAAAAGUCGCAGGAGUUUCGCGUGGGCGUGGCCGAAGCCCACAUGUCCCGAGACGACUGCGUGGGCACCAGCGCUUCUUCUUGGGUGUUUGGCUUCGCUCAGCGCAAGUGGUUCGCUAUGACCAACAAUAAGAUGCUUCCAGUAACCCUGGUGGGCAAGGCGGACCGUGUGGGCAUCCUGCUGGACUUUGAGGCAGGGCUUCUGGGGUUGGUCGACAUUGAGAAAGGAAAGGUCGUUAACAUCAUUAAAGCUCACUUCAAGACCCCCCUCUGCCCUGCGUUUGGACUUUGGGAUGGGGAGCUGCUCACGCACUCGGGCCUGGAAGAGCCAGAGGGUCUCAAGGGGCAACUAUAG